GAGUGGCUGAGGCGGCGCACGCGAGGAGAGAGCUGGAAGAAGCGCCGACGUCUCAGCGACACGCAACUGGAGGAGGAUGUGAAAAUUUGACAUUUGUCAGCGCUGACAGUGAGAGAGAGAGAGAGAGCAGCAGCAGCUGGAGUCACACACAGGCGGUGCGAGGCCGUGUGAAAACAAACUGCCCGCUUUUUAAUGGUCUGACUUAAAGACGCGCACAGCUGUCCAUCCGUCCGGUGAGCUGCAGACAGACGCAGGCAGUCAUGAUGGACUCUAUCUUAGACAGUUUAACAGCGGAGAAACUCUAUCCGUCCGGAGGGACCAACCUGUUGGACCUGGAGGAACUCAGCGACGGAGAUUUUCUCACUAAUGUGCCUUUCUCGGGUGACCAGAUGGACGACUUCAGCAGUGAAUUAUUUAACAGUUUCUUCGACGACCAUGUAUUAGAGCGACCCCUACUGGCAGAAAGACCUUCAUUUUUACACAUUGACAUGGACAGCAGCCCAGAUAUUCAAGCAGAGCACAGCUACUCCUUGAGUGAAGACUCAGCCCCCCAGAGCCCAGCCCUGUCAGUCAAAAUGGACCAAGACUCUGAGUUUGAGUGGAGCUUCAGCCAGGACCUGUCAGCUAUCUUGGUGAAGCAGGAGGAGCCUGAUGUUGGCCAAAGGUUAGAUCCUCAGCCUUUGGAAGCCCCGCCUCUCAUAUUAAGCCCCGCCCCUCCACACAGAGGCUCACCAUGGAAACACACGGAGUGCAGUCAAGAGGAUAUGAAGCUCAUUGCUAUAAAAGAUGAACCCAGAGAGAUUGGACAGUACCUCAGCCUGCCCAGCGAUGAUGCUCUCCAGCUGCCGCCCACCCCUCCCAGCAGUAACCACGGCGACAGUGAUGGCUCGCUGCCCCCCUCCUCCCCACACCUCCCUCUGCCGCCGUCUUCCCCUCAACCACAACAGAGGCCAGGAGGUCGCGCCUCGUCCUCAUCCUCAUCUUCUUCGGCCAUCUCCUCUUCGCCCCUCCUCACCGCGCCGCAUAAACUGCAGGGUUCGGGACCCCUCAUGCUGACAGAAGAAGAGAAGAGGACCCUGGUUGCGGAGGGUUACCCGGUACCUAACAAACUUCCUCUCACGAAGAGUGAAGAGAAGGCACUGAAGAGAGUCAGACGAAAGAUCAAAAAUAAGAUCUCAGCUCAGGAGAGUCGGAGGAAGAAGAAAGAGUAUGUGGAAUGUCUGGAGAAAAAGGUGGAGAAUUACACGUCAGAAAACAGCGACCUGUGGAGAAAAGUAGAACACCUGGAGACAGCCAACAGGUCUCUCCUACAGCAGCUCCAGAAGCUUCAGUCGCUGAUUUCAGGGAAGGUCGUCCCCCGUUCGUGUAAAAUGGCCUCAACUCAGACAGGAACAUGCCUCAUGAUGAUGGCCCUGUGUUUUGUCUUGGUGUUGGGCUCCUUCUCUCCCUGCAUUUCUCCCCUCUCCCUGGUCAGUCACACCUCCUCUUUGCCCUCCUCCCCUGCUUCUUCUCAGUCCUCCCCCUCUUCUCAUUCUUCUCCAUCGGCGGACCUCUACACCACCAGUCAGGUCCGCUCCCGCAGCCUGCUCUUCUACAACGAAGAGGCUCCACUGGAGGAGAGUUUAGCGACAUCAGAAGGAGAGAGGCUACAGUCAGAAGGCCACUCCCACAACCAGAUCAGCCGAUACACAGCUGACGGCCACAGCAACCAGACAAGCGGGUCCAAGAUAGAGCGGAGAGAAACAAAACCAGAUGGAGACUCUGAGUUUUUCUGACACAGCUCAGCCUCUCCUCAUCUAACUUCUCAGCCCUGAAUCCCUCCAAAGGACCCCAAUGCUCCAGGUUGCUGAAAUCAACAUCCAGCUGGACCAAAAAACGUUUUCUGUUAGUUUGUUAGAAAAUCCAUUAUCAUCAUCUCCUCUAGUGAGCUUAGAUUACGGCUCCCAUCCUGCACCUCUGUUACCAUGCCUUUAUCUACAGCGUCACUUCUCUGCUUUGACAGACUCUGUUGUACUUGAACGUUCUCGAUUUUAAACAGACCUUCGUGCUGGAAUCUCCAUUGUUAUGCACAAAAAAGAAUCUUGCAUCAUUUUAAAUACUCAACUAAUCUUUUUUUAUAUUUAGUCAUUAAAAAAUAGUUUAUAACUCACAAAACAUUAAAAACACAGUCGCCUUACUAAACUUUAAAGAACCUGCAGUCAGAGCUUAUAGAUUUGAUUGGCUUAAACAGGCCAUGAGCACAAAAUAGCCACAGCUGCCAAAAUGAAAGGCAUAUAUGAGCCACUUAUGCUGUGAUCACGCGUAAAGACCUUUUGUGUUACUUUGUCAGACAGCCCUAAAGAUGACCAUCUAAAACAGUUGUUUCCCGUUUCCAGAAAUAUAUUUAAUUCCUCCCCAAAACAAAUGAAGUGUAGCGUUCCUGUUCAGAGCAAAGCAACGCGGUCUUUUUGCAAGAGCAAACAGAAAGAAUUAUGGGAAUGUGGCUGAAAGAAAUGUAAAAAAAAAGGCAGUGUGCAUUUAAAAACAGUGAAAAGUUGACGUCCACUGUGGGAUUCUAGUUUUUAUCAUGUAGUUCUUGUACUUUUAUUCCAAGAUGCUCCUGAUGUGCCACAUUAGGUUGGUGAACAAAGCACGAAGGGCUGCAUCUGCUUAAUAUGUCAUCAAUGUGUAUUUUUUCCGCAGUAUGAGCCUCUGUUGUGUUUUUAGGUCAUCUCUCCUCUGCUCUCUGUUUCCCCGUAUACGUGAAAGCCCCUCCUGCACACACAGAGUGGAGCAGAGCAGUUGACCUAAUAGGAACAUUUGUAACAGGAAACACUUUUAAGCCAAGUGUGAAAUAGAUAACAGCAUGUGUAAGCACCAACACCAACUAGGCAUCAACAUAUGCUUUUGGAAGCCGUGCCAUUCUGAAAGUGCCUUCCACUU